AUGCUAUUCCAUCCUCCGUACAGGAUACUAGCUGCGGUCCUUCCGUGGGUUGCCAUAUGUUCGGCCAGCACCUCAAGCGAUUCGAGCUCGUCUCUAUGGGACGUCAUCCCAGAUUGUGCAAAGACAUGCGUAGAAAACUUCGCCAACGCUGAGUACACUUCCGCAGAAUGCAGCACCAUAUCGGACAUGAAAUGCUUGUGCCGGACAGAAACAUCCAGCGGUCUUACAAUUGGAGAGGCGGCGUUAAGUUGUGUCUAUGCUCUGUGUUCGAAGACGAUUAUCAAAGGUUCUUCCGCCGCAGACGCCUACAGGAUCUGCGACUCAGUAUCGGAUGCUGUGUCGGAGACACAUAAGACAAUCACAGCAACGACCUUUCCUAGUGUGUUGUCUACCUCCACGACCGAGUCAACGACAGCCGACUCCGCUCCAGCGACCACUACUUCUUUUGAUCCCACCCCAGCAACUACUACACAAUCGAUUACCUCUACAACUUCGGGCGACUCUGCAAUCACUGCUUACCAUCCAACCUCGACUGGAACUGGAGCAGCGCCCGCUUUCGUCAGCACUGAAACCUCUUCGGAAUCAACCAGUUCUUCAUCUCCAUCAAGCAGUCCGGCUGUCUCCAAUGAGAAUAAGGAUCACCAUGUCAACGCUGGUACUGUGAUCGGAGUCUCUGUCGUAUCGGGUGUGGCAGGUUCCUUCAUUAUUGGAGUUGCUGUGUUCUUCCUCUGCAAGAGAUGGCGACGAAAUAACCGGGUUGAAGACCCAGACUCGGACUUUGAGAUUGGGGGUGCCAUGGCUGAGCCUCCUGGUUUUUCCCGUGAUUCAUCACCUGAGCCUGGUCCCCGCCUAAGUCCAGGCUCGGGGUCUACUUCAUUUGCUGCUUUAGUCAAUCGGCCGGAAAUGUCUCAGUCAUCACGCACCUUGCAACCAGGAUCUCAACGCCCUCCAAGAUUGGUUACACCUGAGAUUGAUGAGCCUCUCCAAGAGCUCCGGGGACAAGGACGUAUAGGGUUGGCUGCUAGCUCCGAUUCAGAAUGGGGAGGCUCACCUCGGACAUUAUCAUCACAAGCCACGCUUUCAGAGCCUUUGCAAAACCAGGGAACUGGACUAUAUCCCAAACCACUCAGAUGGACCCAUCGUCCUAUCAGUGGAGAAACACUAUUUGAAGAGGAUGAAUACCAACAGGGCAUCAUGGGGAGAACACAAAACGCCGCCUCAAGAACAGGAUCUCCAAAUGUGAGGACAGGGCUGCCGCUGCCGGCCAAUCCUCGUGCUUUUAAGGACGGAUUCCCAUCACAGCCGUUCCUCCGUGCCCCGGGUCAACAACGACCUGGCCAGAGUCGAACCCUUACGCCUGUUUCUACCACAAGGGGAUUGACACCACCAUUCACUGGGCCUGCCUUUCGCAGAUCUGACGUAUCAAACGGUACCAGUACUCAAAUGGACAGCUCAGGCGGCUUAUCACAAGAAACAUCAUCCAACGCCUCUUUCACAUCACCCUCUACAACCGCCCAAGGCCGCAUACUAAGCGAUGCUCACAAUCAACCCAAUACUAAGCAUGUUUUUUCGAACACGCUAGGACCACCUGCAGAGAUAGUAUCCCGACCACGCAUCGUCCGCGGCGACGACAUCAAACGCGUCCAAAUCCGCAGCAGUCCCCGCCCACCCAGCGACGCAGGAGCACCAUGGGGCCCCGAUGACCUCUGGCUUGAACGAGGCCGUGGACGAGACAUGCCCGUCUCACCCUCUGAGGUUCCAUAUCCCUCAGAAAUAAAUCCCGGCGCCGUUGGAUACCCAUCGAGUCCGAAGAAAAGACCCGAGGAUAUGCCAAAGAGAGGGUCACCGACGAGUCGUAAUUUGACGCCUUCGAGGCGGGGGCAGGAUCUGAUCCUGCGUGUUGACUGA